AUGCCAAUCAAACUCCCCAAAGGCUUUACCCGACGGAAAUCGUCUGGUAAUGCCCUAGAAGAGGUAGAAACACCUCCUCAGUCGUCCUUUCGAGUCUUCGAACGUCCUUCCGUCGAUAAGAAAUCUAUGAGCGAUGGCAAUCUUUUGUCGAAAAGACUGAGCUCGGGACAACCUCUAGAUUCACCUACGGAAGAGCAGGACAACAACAUCUUUGCCACACCCCUGAAUCAUCCGCAAAGACAAUUUGGUGGUAAUAGGGGCGUCUACGACCAUUCGUCGCCGAAACGUCGCUCAACGGACGGACCGCUUCAAUCGGACAACUCAUCGCCACAUUCACGAAACCUCUACGAUAUACCGAUACCUCCCAUUUCCGGUGCGUUGCGGGCAGCCGGCCGGACCUUUUCUUUUGGUGGGAGAUUUUCAAAGUCAUCGGCACCUCCCCCGCAACAGUCUACUCCUGGUCCUUCGCGGAACAGGGCAAUGACCAACAGCACGAGCAGCACCGCAACCCCACCAAAACUCCCGGACACGGAACUGCAGAUUGGUCAUAUUGGGGACGAGUUUCACAAUAUGUUUGACGAUAUGGGGAAACGAGGAAACGUUGCCCAGGAAUCGUCACGGAACGGCUCAGUGGAUACGGUAGGACACCUCGACACAAACCGCCGCACGCUUCUAGGGUCAACUAACGAUGCUCGUUACCAGUACUCCUCUACUCCCCCUGAAACAGGGUUCCGCAAGGACGAAAAGGUGCAGCGCCCCGCCCCUAUAAACACGGAUCGGUCGAAAGAAGUCGAACCCUCGCCGUACUCAUGGGGUAGCCGACACUCGGAGGAGGGCCUUUUGGCCGCGGUUGAUUCGCCGCACGAAGAACCUCCGGCAACCUAUUCGGGGUUUAUCCCAUACCGGGACGGGCGACGGAAAUCCCUACCUCUCUCCAACGCAGCGCCCAUCACCACGACGACUCAUCGUUCCCUUGAAAAGCCGGAAGGUGCAGCAGAGAAAGGCCUACGAAGGAGUGUCUUGUACCCUAGCAAGAGGGAUUCAACGCCCGUUGAGGACGAAGAUGCCAAAUUAAUCAUGUCAUCUCUUUACACAAGCAGGCGAAGCUCCCAAUUGCCUUUCGCAUCUGACCAUGAGGACUCGGAUGCAGAGAACGAGACUCCGCUGUUCACCAACAAGACGAGCCAGCCGGACCGGCUCACACCUCCGCCUCUGCAACCUCCAGCGCACAAGUCUCCGGGCCUGAACGACGAUCACCUCGACUCUUCUAUUGCGGCCCAUGCACGGUUGGCUGUGCAAUACGAGAAUACUCAGCCACCGCCGAUGCCAUCCACCAACAAAGUCAUGACCCCCUCCCAAUUUGAGCAUUACCGACAGCAGCAGGAGCUCCGACGGUCGAAGAGCGACGCUUCGAAGAGCGAGGACUCCGAAGAAAGUGAUUUUGACGAAGAGGACGAGAACGAGAAGAAUCGGGAAGCAGAGAAGCAACGGCGAAAGCAAGAAGCUCAUCUUUCCGUCUAUCGGCAGCAGAUGAUGAAGGUGACGGGCCAGCAAUCUCCGGCGCCGUCUCUGCGGCCGGAAAUGGACCGGGCAAGCAAUAGUGCACCAAAUCUUACCGCGCCCUUCACCCAGGGGAACAGGUCAGGAAGCGGGAAGAGUAGCGAAGGCGACGAGGACGAGGAGGUUCCCUUGGGAAUCCUAGCCGCGCAUGGGUUUCCAAAUAGGAACCGCCCGCCCAGUCGCCUUGCAAUGUCGAGCUCGAUCCCAAAUCUACGGGCGUCGUUCCACCAGCCCUACAUAUCGUCUCCCGGAUCGGUCGCGGAGAACGAUUCCGGCAAUCGCAGUAGCCUGCCUGUCUUCGCUCGGAACUUACCCCGAGACCCCUACUAUGGAGCGGGCUUGGUGAAUUCGUCUAAUCGAGAGUCCCUGGCCUUCGGAGGAGGCGCUGGUUCCGUUUACGGAGGACCUCCAGCUCCCGCUGGUCCCCCGCCUGGAUUGCCUCCCGGAGGCUUAAUCGGCGUGAUUGCCACCGAAGAGCGGGCGAGGGCGAUGAGGCGAAGAAGCCCAAACACCCAGGCUAUGCAUGACUUCAAUGCUGCGAUGCCUUCGGUCACAACCCAUCCUAAUGGUAUUCCGAGGCCUUAUACCAUGAUGAGUCUGAACCCACCCAAUGUGUCUGCCCCCCAGCAAGUUACUGCCACGGAGCAAGCUCAGAUACAACUUUCUCAGCAAAUGUCUAGUAUGAUGCAGAUGCAGAUGCAAUGGAUGCAGCAAAUGAUUCACAUGCAAGGUGGACAAGGUCCACCACCCCAGCAGGGGAUGCCGAUGCCGAUGCCGAUGCCGCCAGGCGGCCUCCCUACAGUAGCGGCCUCCCCUACCAUAAGACCGUCUUCGAUGCCAUCCGCAGGGCCCAACAAUCUUAUGCCGCCCGCAUUUGGCGGCGAUCAGAGAACUUUCAGCCUUCUUGAUCCUAACGCGUCAUCCCGGUUGAACGCUUCGGCGAUGCCGUAUGCGUCCGGAGCGAACCGACCGAGUACCCCGGCGGGACAAGGCUAUGCGCCAUCAAUCGCGCCGUCGGAGCGAAGUAAUGUAGGACUGGCGCCUCGCUAUCGUCCAGUGUCUACCCUCCAACCGGACACUACCUCGGCAGCCUAUCCUCUUGCCUCCAAGCCCUGGAACGACGAGAACCAGAGAUCUUCCGUCUCCAUCGCCUCCCCGGCCGCUCCACAGAUGCCCAAGCCUACUCCCCGUCCUAUUUCCAACGGCGGAAAAUCCGCACUGGCUCGUGGACCCGGCAAUGGCAUUGCGCAAGACGAUGAAGAUGACGACGAAGGGUGGGCCGAAAUGAUGAAGAAACGAGAAAAUAAACGAAGCAAUUGGAAAUCCAAAAAGGAGACGUCGAGUCUUGGUGACUUAUUGAACACAGUGCAUUAA